UGUUUAUCAAGGAAGUAGUUGAUAAGUGAUAAAGAGACCUUGAUCGUACAACGAGAUAAGGUUCGGGACGAUCAGCAUAGACACAGAGAAAAGAGAAUGGGUAAAGCAGUUUCCAAGUUAUCAAAAGAUGAUCUUAACCAACUUCGUCAAAAGACGUACUUUGAUAAAAGGGAAUUACAACAAUGGUAUAAAGGGUUUUUAAGAGAUUGUCCGUCUGGUCAAUUGUCAGAGGAAGAGUUUUCUAAAGUUUUCAAACAGUUUUUCCCAUUUGGGGAUCCUACCGAUUACUGUCAUUAUUUGUUUAAGUUGUUUGAUACCGAUAAUUCAAAAUAUAUUGAUUUCAAAGAAUUCAUAAUAGCCUUAUCAAUUACCAGUAGAGGGGAUAUAGAUCAGAAGUUAGAGUGGAGCUUUAGGCUCUACGAUUUGGAUAAGAGUGGUAAAGUUGGGUAUGCUAAUGUUUUAAGGGUGAUUCAGGCAAUUUACAAAAUGAUUGGUCCAAUGGUUCAGCUUCCAGAAGACGAAAAAGAUCCCGAAUUGAGGGCAGCUAAACUCUUCAAGCAAUUAGAGAAGGAUCCUAGUGUUGAUUAUCUUGAGUUUGACGAUUUUAAGCGUUUGGCUCAAAUUGACCCCUCAUUGGUUAAUUCUUUAUCUGCUUAUGAUGGCCUUGUUUAGCAUAAUCUCCCUUUACAUGUUUCCUUCGAAUUUAGUUCUUCUAACGUCAUCUUUAUGCUAUGAUAUUUG